AUGAAGCCAUCUACCUUCCUGGCUUUUCUCGCCCCAGCUACCGUCCUCGCCGACUCACAGCAACCCGCCCCAGGCGCCAGCCUCUCCUCUGAAUUCGCGCACAACUCGCCCGCCGUCUCAUUACCAGAACUUCCUCCGCGGGAACAAUUCGCUCCAUUUGCAGACCGCGAUCUACCGUCUGAUGAGAUGCGCUUGCUCGCUGCUCGCUAUGUUCUCCAGGCGCGCAGUGAGGGUUCCCUCGGCCAGACCCCAUGGAUUGGCAUGGCUAUCGGAUUAACCUUUACUGCUUUGGCGGCUGUAAUGCUCGGGUAA